AUAGCCAGUCUGGCACCACGUCCUUCUGUCUCAGGUGUUGCAAAAUGUCUGUGGACUUUUCACUUUUCGUGUUUCUGAAAGGAGAAUGACUUCAAGUGUAGACUCAGUCUUGGGGAUCCUCAUCCUGGCUGCCCGGUUGAUCAAACAAAGAACCAGGGCCACUAAUGACCAUGUAAUCAGCUCUGUGACAUUUGUUCAGACCCACAAACCAUCUGGGCAGUACCUGCACAAAUUUGAUGAGCAUGAGCAAUUCCAUGUGGACUUUGACCAGAAGGAAACAGUCUGGUGGCUUCUUAAGUUUGGCCAUAUCUUCAGUUUUGAUGCACAGAUUGGGCUAGGUGACAUCGCUGUGGACGUGGCUAACUUGAACCAACUUAUCAAGUAAACCAACCACACCCAGGACACCAUUGCCACUCCAGAGGUGACAGUGUUUCCCAAGGAGCCCAUGGAACUGGAAGAACACAACAUCCUCAUCUGCCACAUUGAUAAGUUCUCACCCCCAGUGAUUAAUGUCACAUGGCUGUGCCAUGGAGAGCCAGUCACCACAGGGGUAUCUGAGACCACCUUCAUGCCUCGGGAUGACUAUUCUUUCCACAAGUUCCAUUAUCUCACUUUCCUUCCCCCAACUGAUGAUGUCUAUGACUGUGUGGUUGAACACUGGGGCCUGGAAAAGCCACUUUUCAAGCAUUGGGAGCCUGAGAUGCUGACACCACCAUCUGAGCCAAUGGAGACACUCCUCUAUAUUAUAGGCCUGGCUGGGGGCCUGGUGGGCAUCACUGUGGCUGCCACCCUUAUUAUGAGAAGCUUGCACUUAGGCAAAUCACACCUGACCCCACAGAUCAAAUCUUUUCCAGUCCUACUUAAUCUUACUGCCUUCCCCUGA